UCAUUAUUUGAAUUCUUUGAAACUCUGACAGCUCCAACUCCGUCCCCCCUAAACGAACUCUCACAUAAGCUUAAAGAAACACCAAACGCAAAAUACAGUGCUCUAGAGAGAGAAGAGAGAAAGAAGAAAAUCUGGUGAAGAUAGACAAGUGUGCCUAAUACACCAAGAUUCAAGAAAGAGAGGAAGAGGAAACCUGUCUUCCUCUCUUUCUUAUUAGUUUUGCUUUUUCAAAAACAGCAGAGAAAGAGAGAUUUGUUUAAAUUUGAAAAAGAAAAUGUCUGGUUAUGUUGGAAUUCUUGUAUCAGAUCCAUGGCUCCAAAAUCAGUUUACUCAAGUUGAGCUUCGUAGCUUAAAGUCUCAGUUUAUGAGCAUGAGAAGAGAGAGCGGGAAGCUGACGCUGAAAGACUUGGCUUCGAGGAUGUCCAGAUUGAAAGUAGUUGGAGAGAAUCUGACAGAGGAAGAGAGAGCUUCUUUUAUUCAAGAUUUGUAUCAAAAUCUAGACGAUGAGGUUGAUUUUGAGUUCUUUUUGAAGGUAUAUUUGAAACUUCAUGCACAUGCUAGUGCAAGAACAGGAAGUGUAGCAAAAAACUCAUCAGCAUUUCUUAAAGCUGCCACCACCACAUUGCUUCACACAAUCAGUGAACCCGAAAAAGCAUCUUAUGUUGCUCAUAUCAAUAACUAUUUAGCAAAAGAUGACUUCUUGAAGAAAUACCUUCCUAUUGAUCCUUCAACUAAUGAUCUCUUUGAGAUUGCAAAAGAUGGUGUGCUUCUUUGCAAGCUUAUCAAUGUAGCAGUUCCUGGUACAAUUGAUGAAAGGGCUAUCAAUACCAAACGAGUACUCAAUCCAUGGGAAAGAAACGAAAACCACACACUAUGUCUUAACUCUGCUAAGGCUAUCGGAUGUACUGUAGUUAAUAUUGGAACCCAAGACUUCAUUGAAGGAAGGCGCCAUCUUGUGCUUGGAUUGAUCUCCCAAAUCAUUAAGAUACAACUCUUGGCAGACCUCAAUCUCAAUAAGACACCACAGUUGGUGGAGUUAGUUGAUGACAGUAAGGAGGUGGAAGAGUUGAUGAGUCUACCACCAGAGAAGAUCUUAUUAAGGUGGAUGAAUUUCCAGUUGAAAAAAGCUGGAUACAAGAAAAUAGUCACAAACUUCUCUUCCGAUGUGAAGGAUGCCGAGGCUUAUGCUUACCUUUUAAAUGUUCUUGCACCUGAGUAUACUAAUCCAUCUACAUUGACCGUGAAAGGUCACCUAGAAAGAGCAAAGUUGGUUCUUGCACAUGCUGAUAGAAUGGGUUGCAAGAGAUAUUUGACAGCAAAGGACAUUGUUGAAGGUUCCCCAAAUCUCAACCUUGCAUUUGUUGCACACAUUUUCCAGCAUAGAAAUGGGCUGUCAACCCAAACUAAACAGAUAUCUUUUCUUGAGAUGCUGCCUGACGACACACAAGUCUCUAGAGAGGAAAAAGCAUUUCGAUUCUGGCUGAAUAGUUUUGGGAAUUCAACCUAUAUUGACAACGUUUUUGAAGAUCUAAGGAAUGGGUGGUUGCUUUUAGAGACACUUGACAAGGUUUCACCAGGGAUUGUUAAUUGGAAAAUAGCAAAUAAGCCUCCAAUCAAGUUGCCAUUCAGAAAAGUAGAAAAUUGUAAUCAAGUUGUAAAAAUAGGAAAACAGUUAAAAUUUUCCCUGGUUAACGUCGCUGGAAAUGAUAUCGUACAAGGAAAUAAAAAAUUAAUAUUGGCUUAUCUGUGGCAGUUGAUGAGAUACAACAUCCUCCAACUUUUAAAGAACUUGAGAUUCCACUCUCAUGGAAAGGAAAUCACUGAUGCUGACAUUCUACAGUGGGCCAACACCAAAGUGCGCAAUGCAGGAAGUCAGAGUCGCAUGGAUAGUUUUAAGGAUAAAAGUUUAUCAGAUGGCAUUUUUUUCCUUGAACUUCUCAGUGCUGUUCAGCCCAGAGCAGUAAAUUGGAGUCUUGUUACAAAAGGAAUAACUGAUGAAGAGAAAAAGAUGAAUGCCACUUACAUCAUAAGUAUUGCAAGGAAGCUAGGAUGUUCGAUAUUCUUGCUUCCUGAAGACAUAACAGAGGUGAAUCAAAAGAUGAUCCUUACGUUGACUGCAAGCGUUAUGUAUUGGUUCUUGAAACAACCUGUUGAAGAGAAACCAUCAGGAACAUCAGAUAGUGAGACAAUCUCAAAUUCAACGGUAGAUGAUUCUGCCUCUGAGUCAUCUUUAGAAGACAGCGGAAAUCCGUGAACAAACCAUAAAAGUUCAUAUAUUUAUUCUGAAUUUUUCUGCCUUUUCUUUUUUUUUUUUUUUUUUGUUAAGCUUGAUUGGAGAGAUGUCUGUAAUGAAUUAUAGGGAAAUGGAGUGUUUUCAAAGCAAAUUUUGCUAAGUAAAUGCAUAUGUGAGUAGUUUUCCUU